AUGGCAUCUCUAGGAGGGAAAGUGACACAUGGCCAACAGAUCGCCAUCACGGGGGCAGCACGAGGAAUCGCACUUAGUGCUGCACAACUGCUUGCUUCCAGAGGCGCAAUAUUGUCGCUGGCAGACACGAAUCAACAGGGGUUGGACGAGGCGAUCCAAACGUUGACGACAAGCAGAGGCGGCAAGCAUACAAGUACUGUGGUCGACGUCAGAGAUAGUAAAGCCGUCGAUGGAUGGAUCGCUAGAACGGUGGCAGACCACGGUAGGCUUGAUGCUGCUGCAAACAUCGCGGGUGUCUAUCGCAAUAAUGUUCGACUGGUGGACGAGACUGAUGAAGGGUUCCACUUCCACAUGGACGUGAACUCCACGGGCCUAUUCUACUGUCUGAGAGCACAGCUUCGAACCUUGUCUAAGGGUGGCAGUAUUGUGAAUGUCGCUAGCGCUGCCGGCCACGUGGGAGUUCCAGGCAUUGGGAGCUACGUUGCAAGCAAGCAUGCUGUGUUGGGCCUAACACGAACGGCGGCCAAGGAGCAUCCAGACCAUAGAAUCAAUGCAGUAGCCCCAGGUAUUGUCGCAACGCCUAUGGUCAAAGAAACAGAGAAAAUCCAAGGCUACGCCCAAUCUACCAAAGGACUGCAAGUCAUCGAUCGACAGGCGCAGCCGGGUGAGAUCGCAAGUGUCAUCGCUUUCCUCCUUUCGGAUGAAGCGAGCUUUGUGACGGGCGCGACUUAUAACGUUGACGGGGGUUGUUGUUGCUAG